CCAUUGGCUGAUACCAGCUGCCUGCAAUGGAUGCUGAUAGGAGCUCUGUUCCUUCUGUCCUAUCCUGUACACACCUUCAGGGAGGGAUUCAGUGGAAUUCUGUAUGGCAACAGAAUGUAAGGGAUCAGGGGGAGGCUUAGAUGUUUGGGGGUACAGGGUGGCUGGGAUGGAAAACACCGAGCAGGUAGCCAGACAGUGAAAAAGUAGCCCUAUGCAUUCCUCAUGUAGCACAGUGUGCAUGUAGACCAAGGAACUGGGUGCAGGAUAAGAGAAUUAGCCACAGAAGCAGAUUUGCACUGCAGGAUUUUCUCUCUUCAUCCAUCUCCCACCUAGAUCUGUGUCUGCAAACAAAUCCUUCCCAACGAAUUCCUAAAUUCUGAACCUUCUUGCAAAUAAAUGAGGUAAGCCUUCACCUAUUCUAUUACAUGCUGCUGAAUGUGUUGGUCGAAUUCCAGUGCAUUGCAUAACCUUUUAUUCUUAGAUAGGAGAGAAAUAAUCUCCCAGGUCAUUUAUUCUUAAUAAAUAAAAAAAUAUGCAAAAUGUUUUUAUUGACUGUGAAAUAUUCUGACAGCUGAUCUCUUACUAUUAUUCAGAAGCAUUAUAUUGCAUAGCAGACCUAUGAAUUCUUUUACAUGCUGUGUUUUUAUCAUUUUAUGCAAGAAAGUGUAAGUGUGUUAAACCAGUGAAUUGCAGGGCUUGAUAUAUGGUUUCAAAACAAUGCAGGCUUCACUAUAAAAUGGUUACAAUUUGAUAAUUGUAUUAGCUUGCAAAAUGACAACUGAAUAUACUGACACACACACACACCGUUUUACUGUAUUUCAUAUAUUCAUAUAUAGUCAUAUUAAUGUUGAUAUUACUGUAUGACCUUCUACCUGGAGCUAAAAUGCAGACACAUUUUGCAAUUUAUUGCCCAUAGGACCUGACAAAGCAUCACUUUGUGAUACAGGAUUAAAAAGCAUAUUUAAACCACAACACUUACCCCUGAUAUUAACUAGAAAUAAAAACUAGACCACUUACACUCACAGUCACACACACACUGUUAGCUUUGAAUCAGUCGCCAAGAUCUGACUUUGUUCAGCUGGUUGUGAUGAUUCAUGCAGUAACAUAUCUGUGACCUAUUUAUUCGAAAUCAGGUGACGCAGGGAGACGUUCUAUACAUAGAAAGCUUGGGAUACAAAAAAACCUGACAUUCUGCAAUGAAUCCGAACGAAUCUAACGAGCCUUGGUGAUGGCCUGCUGUUAAAAUGUGAAUUAUUAUAUUAAAGGCCUUCUAUAUAUGGUGUGUUGCUGUGUUGUUUACAAGUUUGGAUAUACAAUAUGCUCUGCAGUAUUCUAAAGCCUAGUUCAGUGUGAAUGUAAUCUGCAAAACACAAUAAGCACUGCAGGUCUUUAUUGAACCGCCUAUACAGUAAAAAUGUAACUCAGGGCCAAUAAUAAUUCAAUACAAGCUAUAAAAUGACUAGAGUUUUUUUUUUUUUUUUUUAAUGAAUGAUUAUGCAGCCCUAGGCACAGCUAUCAAUGGCAUUAUAGGCCUCUAGUGACAGGAGUUAGUGAAGAGGAGACUUGGAUGCAGGCUGUUUAUGCCAUAGGUGUGGUUAAAUAAACUUUGAAAUGGCUUUGUCACCUUGAGUGUUUUUUUUAAAGGAUAAGCUCUUCAAUGAGAAUAGCUAUUGUUGGAAAUUAACAAACGCAUGUGUACAUUUUCUCAACAUAUUACCUCAGAAUGUUGCUAUUUGUUGGUAAAUUUAUAUUUAUCAGUUUGCUUAUAUUAGUGGUUGAGCUUUAAAGUGAACCUCCCACAUUCACAAAAUAAGGAAGGUACCGGUAUGUAUGAUGGUUGAACUUUUUAAGUGCUUGCGUGGUGUAUGCAUUCAUUAGUGACCCAUAGUUCUGAAUGUGUUGUUGCAAAUUCUGAAACCAGGUGGAGGAUUGUUUGAAGUUGACCAUCAAGUACGUGUCGGAAGUUUAGUUAAAGGACCACUCUAGGCACCCAGACCACUUCAGCUUAAUGAGGUGGUCUGGGUGCCUGGUCCAUCUAGAGAAACUGCUAUGUUUAUGUUAGGGUUAAUCCAGUUUCUAGUGGCUGUCUCAUUGACAGCCGCUAGAGGGCUUCCGCGUUUCUCACUGUGAAAAUCAAGGAGGAAGAGGAGGAGAAGAAGGAGGAGAGGAGAAGGAGAGCUCCUUCCCGGCUGGAGAAAGAGGUAAGUUUAACCAAUUCCUCUCCAUCCAGCCCGGCCGGAGGGGGACCCUGAGGGUGGGGACACCCUCAGGGCACUGUAGUGCCAGGAAAACGAGUAUGUUGUCCUGGCACUAUAGUGGUCCUUUAAAGGACCACUAUAGUGCCAGGAAAACAUACUCGUUUUCCUGGCACUAUAGUGCCCUGAGGGUGCCCCCACCCUCAGGGACCCCCUCCCGCCCGGCUCUGGAAGGGAGAAAGGGGGUAAACUUACCUUUUUCCAGCGCUGGGCGUGGAGCUCUCUGCUUCCUCUCCUCCUCCGCCGAUCCUCCCCGUCGGCUGAAUGCGCCCGCACGGCAAGAGCUGCACGUGCAUUCAGCCGGUCGCAUAGGAAAGCAUUUACAAUGCUUUCCUAUGGACGCUGGCGUGCUCUCACUGUGAUUUUCACAGUGAGAAGCACGCAAGCGCCUCUAGUGGCUGUCAAUGAGACAGCCACUAGAGGAUUAGGGGGAAGGCUUAACCCAUUCAUAAUUAUAGCAGUUUCUCUGAAACUGCUAUAAUUAUGAAAAAAUGGGUUAACCCUAGAAGGACCUGGCACCCAGACCACUUCAUUAAGCUGAAGUGGUCUGGGUGCCUAGAGUGGUCCUUUAAACAUUUGCAACACAUUGCAAUGUAACUUGCAUGCAAUCACUUUGUGUAGCUUAUUGUGCAUGCAUUGAAUUACUGCAUCUCUAUGAGGAACAUUCAGUCUCCAUGCAGCACGGACCAAGGAAGCUCCUCUAGUGGCCGUCUGAGUUACUGCCACUAGAAGUGUUCCUAGGCAGUAAUGUAAACAUUGCUUUUUCUCUGAAAAGGUAGUGUUUAAAUUAAAAAGCCUGCAGGGGCAGGCAGUAGACUCCAGAACAACUAAAUUAACCCCUUAAGGACACUUGACAUGUGUGACAUGUCAUGAUUCCCUUUUUUUCCUGAAGUUUGGUCCUUAAGGAGUUAAAGGGACACUAUAGUCACCAAAACAACUUUAGCUUAAUGAAGCAGUUUAGGUGUACUGAUCAUGCCUCUGAAGUCUCACUUUUCAAAUCUAGUCUAUUUAGGAGUUAAAUCACUUUUGUUUCUGUUUAUGCAGCCCUAACCACACCUCCUCUGGCUGUGAUUUACACAGUCUGCAAGAAAAAAGGUUUCACUUUUAAUCAGUAACUUACUUUAAAUUUUUGUAUCUCCUGCUCUCUAAAUUGACCUUUAAUCACAUACAGGGUCUAGCAAGCUUUUAACAGAGCAGGAGAUAAGAACUUCUACUUUAAACAAAAUUUGCAAUAAAGGAAGUAUAAAUAUUAGAUGACUCUUUACAGGUAGUGUUAGGAAGGCUGUGCAAGUCAUAUGCAGGGAGGUGUGACUUGGGCUGCAUAAACAAAGUGAUUUAAGUCCGAAAUAGCAGAUAAUUGAGUGGUGAGAUUGCAGGAGCAUGAUCUAUAAACUAGAACUGCUUUAGUAAGCUGUUUUGUGACUAUAGUGUCCCUUUAAUAUUUUUGGAUUAGCUUUCAAAUAAUUUUAUAUUUUUGAAUAAAGUUUUAAAAUGAUUUAAGAUUUUGACAUUUUCAGAUAUGUUUGGGUAUAUUGAUCAUUAUAUAUAUAUAUAUAUAUAUAUAUAUAUAUAUAUUUAAUUUAUUUAUUUAUUUAUAUAUAUUUUAAAAAGAUCAGUAUCAAAGUUAAUCAGAAUAUAUUUAAUCAUUUGAAAAGCUUUUCCAAAGAUAUUAACUAAAGGCACUCGCAACAAAUUCUAUGUUCUUGUGCCAAAAUGUAAUUGCAUGUAUUGCAAAAUGUUUUUUUUUUCUGGCUUGUUAUAUUUUGGAAAACUUUAAUACACCUAUACCAGGGGUAGACAACAUUUGGCACUCCAGAUCCUGUGGACUACAUCCCCCAUAAUGCUCUUACAGCCAUAAUGCUGGCAAAGCAUCGUGGGAGGUGUAGCCCAAAACAUCUACAGCGCCGAAGGUUGCCUAUCCCUGACCUAUACAUUAAAAAAAAAAAAAAGGUUCUGCAGGUUUUUGUACAAUCUUUCAGUGCUCUGGCAGUUGUAUCGCAAAUGAAUUGGAAUUUAUGUGUGACAGUGAACUGACAAGGUAAUUGAAAACGUUAGGGAAAAAUAGACGUCAGGCAAAUUCUUGAAUAUGGCAGUUCCACAAUUUUGAGCUACUUUUUCAAUUGCCUUGACAAUUCAUAGCAGUUCCAUAUUAAGCAAACCAUAUAUGGUUUAUUACCCAAACAGUGAACAGUCAUGUACGAAAAUCCAAACUGCAAAAGUCAGGCAAACAUAGCCAAGCUGUAAUUGGCGCAGAGUUGGAACAUUUUUCCAAAUUAUAUAUUUUGGCCUGAAUUGUGAAAUUUGUAUUCAGUUAAAUUCACUGUUCAGUGAAUAAAUAGCUUUGGCCUUUAGAGGCAGUAUUUUAACAUUUUGGUGUCACUGUUAAUUUGUGCAGUGUUUCAUUUACAAGUAGUGAAAACAUUAAAGCAACACUAUAGGGUCAGGAAUACAAACAUGUAUUCCUGACCCUAUAGUGUUCAAACCCCCAUCUAGCCCCCCUGGGCUCCUCAUGUCUCCCUAAAUAUAGCAAAAUCUUACUUGUAUUCAAGCCUGAAGCUGUAGCUUUGCAUGCUGUUUGCCUCAGAAUAGCAAGCUGCCUGCUGACAUCAUCAGAAGUGGUGGCCUGAUCCAGUCACAGUGCUUCUCCAUAGGAUUGGCUGAGACUGACAAGGAGGCAGAUCAGGGCAGAGCCAGCACAAUUCAAACACAGCCCUGGCCAAUCAGCAUCUCCUCAUAGAGAUGAAUUGAAUCAAUGAAUCUCUAUGAGGAAAGUUCAGUGUCUGCAUGCAGAGGGUGGAGACACUGAAUGUUUGGAUGCAUUUUAAGCAGCCAUGACCCAGGAAGGAUCUCUAACAGCCAUCUAAGGAGUGGCCAGUGAAGUUAUCACUAGGCUGUAAUGUAAACACUGCAUUUUCUCUGAAAAGACAGUGUUUACAGCAAAAAGUCUGAAGCUUAUGAUUCUACUCACCAGAACAAAUUCAAUAAGCUGUAGUUGUUCUGGUGACUAUAGUGUUACCUUUAAUUGCUAAUCUUCAGAUAUUAUCAGAAGAGAAAGAGUUAAUGUCUGCAGUGUUAAUGCUGUUUGUUGUGAGCCAGCAGAGAGUAGAAGUGUAUGUGGCCAGCAUUGCAUCAGAAGGCAGGAGAAUUAAAAUACAUAGGCAUAUUAGGAGCUGUUUAUUGUUCUAGAAUGGAAUACAUUUGAGGAGCAUUGAAUAAAAACAGCAGAAUCACAGAAUCUGCUGUGCUUUGUUGGGUGGAUUGUGGUUAUUAUCAUUAACGGAAGCACAGAUAUUAGUAGGAUUAAUAAAAUAGAUGAGCAUGUCAUAUCUUUGGGUACAGAAUAAAUGCAGUUUGUAUUGGAGUAGGAAGGAAGCACGGGACUUUUGCUGGAGAUAGCAAUUAGAAAUAGUAGGGGAGAAUACACAAUCAAUAGAGCAAAGAUAGACGUGUUGCCAUGGCUUUCAUGGGUAUUAGCCAAUAAGGAUAGAGUUAUGGAUCUCAAUCAGUUACACUCUAGUUGACUUCAGGGCAGUAUGUAGAAAUAUAUUUUGUUAUUACAAAGAAACACAUCCUAUCCUAUGUUACUACUGUUGCCAUGUGUUCGUUAUCAUUCUUAUUUUAUGGUUCUCAUUAGAUAGCCGAAUAAAUUUAACCUCCUAGUGACACUGCCAACAUUUGUUUGUUUGGCAUUUAAGGACCAAACAUUUGGUAUUUUUCCUCUGUUAAUUGAAAUGUAAUUAAUUUCCCUCUUUGUCAUUUAGUGCAAACACACAUUUUAGUUCAGGGUCGUUUGGGAUUUCUUUUUAUUAUUUACACUGAUCAGUCACAACAUUAAAACCAACUGCCUAAUAUCAUGUUGGUCCCCUCGUGCUGCCCGAACAGCUCUAAUGUGUCAAGGCAUGGAAUUAUAGGGUCCAAGGUUUCCCAGCAAAACAUUGCCCAUAGCAUAACACUGCCUCAGACAGCCUGCCCUUUUCUCAUAUUGCAUCCUGCUGCAGUCUCCUCCCCAGGUAAAUGAUGCACACACACUCGGCCAUUUAUCUAAAAGAAAAUGUGAUUCAUCAGACCAGGCAACCUUCUUCCAUUGCUUCAUUGUCCUGUUCUGAUGCUCACAUCCCCAUUGAAUUGCUACGAAUGUUAGCAUAGAUUUGUGGAAAAAUAGCCAAAUGUUGAUAGCCAUUAUGGAAGACACUUUCGGAGAUGUAGAUGGUCAUUAUGACCAGUCUGUGGCUAUGACACCUUUCUAUCAUGGCCAGCAUUAAGCAUUAAAGGGAAACUAUAGUGCCAGGAAAACAAAGUUGUAGCUCCCUGUAGUGCCUUCCCCCUCCUCUGUGGUGCAAAAGGAGUUAAAAAAACCCUUUUGUCACUUACCUUAUUCCUGCGCUGAUGUCCCUUGGCACUGGCUCGGGGUCUGCCUUCGCUUCUGCGCGGCAAUAGCCAUGCUCGCAUUAGAGAAGCCCCAUAUGAAAGCAUUACACAAUGCUUUCCUAUAGGGUUUUGGAUGACGCUGGAUGUCCUCAUGCAUAGCGUAAGGAUGUCCAGCGUCAGUUAAGCGACCAAAAUUAUGGUAGAUAGGCACUAGAGGUGGAGUUAACCCAUAAAGGUAAUUAUUGCAGUAAAUAAAAACUUAAAUAAUUACAUUUCAGGUUUAAGGGACCUGGAAAUGCACAAAGACCACUUCAAUGAUCUGAAGUGGUCUGGGUGCCUAUAGUAUCCCUUUAAGUUUUUUCAGCAAUUUGACCUUCAGUAGCUCUUCUGUAUGAUCAGACCAGAUGGGCUAGCCUUUGCUCCUCACGUGUAUCAAUGAGCCUUGGGCACACAUAAUCCUGAUGACGGUUCACCAGUUGUCCUUCCUUGCCCCACUUUUGGUAGGUACUAUCCACUGUAAGAUUUGCUGUUGUGGAGAUGCGCUGACCCAGUUGUCUGGGUCGAUGUCACUCAGAUCUUUUCACUUGGCCAGGUUUCCUGCUUCAAACACAUACAAUUCAAGAAUUGAUUGUUUAAUUGCUGCCUUAUAUAUCCCACCCCUUGACAGGUGCCAUUGUAACAAUAUGAUCAAUGUUAUUCACUUCACCUGUCAAUGACUUUAAUGUAGUGGCUGAUCAGUGCAUAUAAUUUUUUGUAUAAAUGCUUAGAAACUAGUUUUUACAGUUUGGCUAAAGUGCAGGCCAGAAAGUGCAAGCAGGAUAAUAAAGUUGUAGAGCUGUUGUAGUCAUGUUGCUUAAAGUGCCCCUUUAGUGAUUUCUGAAUUUGGAAUGAUUGGCCUCUAAGUUAUUGAUCAGUGGCAGAAACCAAAAUAAACAAUCUACAUCUCCAUAAGCAAUAUCCCCAUAUAUAGCUUCCCUAGGGUUUUGUGGAGUUUCCUAGGGUUUUGUGAACCUUUCCAUUUCAUAUUUCAAAUUUGGAAUCUUGACCAAUUGAUUUGCUGGUAUGUCUUACUUUUGGUCAUUUUAGUAUCUCACAUAUUACUCCUUAUACGCAUACCAUUAAAAAAAUAGGCACCCCAAGGUCUCUCAUAUGAUGAGUUUUAAGUCUUGUUUCUGUUAUUAUUUAUUUAUAUAUUGUAGAGAAAUACUAAAGUUUGCUGUGAAUAUCUUAAACAUGAGGUAUGCUACUCAAGUGAAACAAAAAACACAACAAAAUUAUGCUCUUAAGAACCACAGUAAUGCCAUGUAUUCCUUGGUCAAGCUUUUCUGACGUUACACGGCCAAAUUAGUAAACCUGCCUUUUUGUUUGUGUUUGUUUUUUUCCAUAAACAAAUCGAUAUUACACACAACCUGUCACAGUAAAUAACAUUGUGAGGGGUGGGAAUAAAACACAUAUAUUUUAAAAAGGCCAUAUACUAAAUAAACUAGAUGUAAUUUUUGCACACGUUUAGGGUAGGUUAGAAGGAAGCCGAGCUAAACAUGAUGUGGACUAUAACUCCCAUUACUCUCAGGUAAGAGUGCAUCAGCUAAUUUUCUUUGUACUCAUAAGUGUGAGGGAAUUAGACACUUGUUACAUUGGCUGUUACUAUUAUUCCCUUUCAAACUGUCUAUCAACUGUCACAGUGAGUACAUCACCAUAUAGAUAGGCAAAGUAUUUUUUUUCAAAUGCAUCUCUACAAUUUGAUACAAUGUCUGGUGGGAAGUGUGUAGGUUUGUAUGUGUGUGCAGUGGUCACUCCAGGGGGCCCGGCAGCCCUGUUGACCCCUGCGACCUGUGUGCCCGCUGGCAUUGUGGUGUAACCUCAGUCGCAUGGAACAUCCGCCGGGGUCGCAUUGAAGGGACCCUUGGGUGGCCCUUGCUCUUGGGGCCACCCGAUGGCAAUGGAUUUCCUAGGGCCCGGUCAGCGAUGUGGGGCUUUAAGAGCGCGAUCAGGCCCCAGUGAUGAUGUCAGAGCUGGGAGGAAGCCGUCACUUCUUCCCUGCUAACAGAGAGCCGCGCGGGAGAAGACUGCCGGGGAGGAGAGAAGGGAGUCAGAGUGGGAGCUCUGACUCCCAUCAGCAUGAGGCAACAGGAGAAUGACUACAUUUUUUAACAGUUUGUGUGUGUGUGUGUAUGUCUGUGUGUGUGUCUGCAUGUGUGUGUAUCUCUUGUCUGUUUGUAUCUGUUUGUCUGUAUGUGUUUUCUGUUUGCUUGUGUGUCAAUGUGUGCCCUAUGUGUGUGUAUGUCUGUGUGUGUGUGUAUAUCUCUUGUCUGUAUGUGUCUCUCUUUGUUUGCAUGGGUAUCUGUUUGUCUGUAUAUGUAUAUGUUUGCAUGUGUGUCAAUGUGUGCCCCUAUGUAUCUGCAUGUUUGUCACUGUUUAUAUCUGUAUGUGUGUCAUUCUGUGUAUCUGAAUGUUUGUCAUCAAGUGUGUCUGUGUAUCUGCAUGCGUGUCUAUAUGUGUAUCUGUAUGUGCAUCUGUUUGUCUGUAUGUGUGUCUAUAUGUGUAUCUGUAUGUCUCUAUGUGUAUCUGUAUCUGCAUGUGUGUCUGUAUCUGUAUCUGCUUGUCUGUAUGUGUAUCUGUCUUUCUGCAUGUGUGUCUGUAUGUGUGUAUCUGUUUGUCUGCAUGUGUAUCUGCAUUUUUGCCAGUGUAUGCCCCUAUGUAUCUGUAUGUGUGUCACUGUUUAUAUCUGUAUGAGUGUCAUCCUGUGUAUGUGUGUCUGUGUAUGUGCGUAUCUGUAUGUUUGUCAGUAUUUGUAUCUGUAGAAGUGUUAUUCUGUGUAUCUGAAUGUGUGUCAUUCUGUGUGUUGGUGUAUUAGCAUGUGUGUCCAUGUAUGUAUCUGUAUGUGUUAUACAAAUUGAGGGGCGGGAAGUGAGGGGGGAGAAGAUGCAUGGGAGGCCCCAAGGCACCUUUCACACCGGGGUCCUGUGUAUUCUAAUUACGCCUCUGUGUGUGUGUCUGGCAAACAGAAUAAUCCUUAAAUUGUGGAGUUUAUUGAGUCUUUGAGUGUUCCCUCCCAACAUCUACUUCAGCAGCCAUCAAUGAUUCCAAGGUCUUUUGGACAAAUUCCAGGAAUUUAAAAAUAAAAGCUUGCAAUCUGAUUUUUUACCCUAGGGAAGAGUUUGUACACAGUUUGCUUUUCCCUGGUACAAUGAAUAUAAACUGUGCUAACAUAUGUUUUAAGAAGACCCAUCAGGAGAGAUUUGCACAGAGCCCAUUAGUAUUAAAGAGAGCCUUGGGCUAAUGUAUAUCUAAUUAGAAUUUACCAUUAUCUUCACAAUUUAAAUAGUGUUGGAAAAUUUGCUCUCAUGGAUCUAUUAUUCAUACUGCAUCUUCUGAAUUUCUUUAUAAAUAACAUUGUUUACAUGCUUCUUAAACAUAAAACCUUUGAUAAAAUUAUCUGUCCUAAUAUUUUCUAGCAAUUUGCAGAAUAUGCAUUAUUAUGCUGCCCUUUAGAGGUGCAUCAAUGUAAAUUUAAAUUGCAGGCACGCUUUAGAAAAACUAUUUGUUUAUACAAUAAUGCCUAUUGUUGUUUACUUUUUGUUCAAGAAUAUAAAAAUCUGUUAAUAGCCCUUACAAAUCCAAACACAGGUACUGCACUUUCAUGUCUUUACAUUUAUGUUAUGCAUUAUGCAUAUCCUUAAAGGCCCACUAUAGUGCCAGGAAAACAUACUCGUUUUCCUGGCACUAUAGUGCCCUGAGGGAUCCCCUCCCGCCCGGAAAGGGUUAAAGGGGUAAAACUUACCUUUUUCCAGCGCUGGGCGGGGAGCUCUCAUUAAGCUAAAGUGGUCUGGGUGCCUAGAGUGGUCAAUUAUCUCCUUUAUAACAGUCAUCACACAAGGUACUGCUGUAUGUUAUACGUUUAGUGAUGGGGGCUUAGAAAGCCAGUCUGACCAGGAUUGACGGGACCAGGCUAAAGGGUAAUCCAGAUGUGGAUCCAUCGCUGACAGAGCCAAGAGGGGUAUUUGCUAUACCUCACUGACGAGGCUUAGGAAGGCCGAAAUUAUCAUCUGGGGUUAAUGUAUCUCUCAUGCAGAGAAAAACGACCUGCAUUUCAGAUAUAGACUGUCCUUUUGGGUGGGAUCAGUCUGAUAUGCAAAUGGUAUAGGUUCUCUCUGUAAUACCACAAAAUUAGCUAAAAGUAGCUUGAGAUCUGAGGUGGGCCCACUGAAAGGCAAGCUACUUGAGCUGUUGUCUGUUUUCAGUAUUCUCUUGUACAUUGUAUUUUUGCUCUCCUCAUAAGUGAGGUACCAUUGAAAUCCAGAAUCUUGUCAAUGGUAUACAUGUGGGAUACUAAUAUACUUGAAAAAUGCAGCUGAAUACAAAUCAAAGAUCUUUGAUUUUUUUUCACAUACAUAUUAAACUUUAAAGUUGAUCGCUAAAGUCAGCAGAAAUUGGUGAUGAAAUGGCCAAGGGAAAAUGCUCAGAAUGCUUCACAUGAAAUAGCUCAGUUUGUCUUCUUUUAAAAAUGGUAUGCAAUGUUUCAGUUGGAGGCUACUAUUUUGUCCCAAAGGGGACAUGAACCCUCUAAAACAUAAAGGAAUCAAAUUGAAAAUUUGAAAACAUUGCAAUUUUGCCAUAUAAAGGGGUUAAAUUACCAUAUACUUAAAUAGUAACAGUACUGUAUCUCAAAUGCCCCAAAAUUUCAGAUUACUUGUUCUUCUCCACAAAAUAAUGUAUUUAUUUCUGAAAACAAAGAAAUAAUUUUAAAGUACAUUUUAUUGCAUUCACAGUGCAUGUGUUAUUUAAACACUAAGAAUUUUCAUGGAUUACAUCCAAACACAUUUUGUUCUUGCUGUGCUAUUCUCAGCCUCCCAGCAUCGCAUCCUCUCCAAUAAGUAGGUCAGAGCUAUGUGUUCAAGAAGGGAUUUGUACAUGUCUGAAAGAUCACAUCCCAGAGAAUGGCUCUCAGUGACAAAGAAUGUAGCCCAUGGAACAGCAUAGUAGGUGGAAUGGGCCUUGACAGAGCUAGGGGCAGGCAUAGGAAGCAGAUGGGGGAGGGGGGUUAGAAGGCUGGGCCUAUAUGGUGGCCAUCUUAGAAAUUGCCUUCUUUUCUAAUCAGCCUACCUUACCUGCAGGUGGCCUAAGGUGGUCAAGACCUGAGCUGUGGCAGGGUACAUUGAAUUUAAUUAGGUUGAGUGGAAAAUACUCAGGGGGGUUACAGUGGUUGGGUAGGUUCAAGCUCAUUGGUGGCUCCAAACCUGGGGGUGUAGGGGUGUCAUGGUAUACCCCUACGUUUGGUCAUAUAUUGACAAGCAUGCCAUUCGGUUGGUGUAUUAUGUGUUAUGUAAUUAAGUACUGUUAUAUCAUGGUUUAUAUGUUUAUGUGUACGUCAUUGCCUGGGUUAAUUACAGGUGGGGGGGGGGGGUGGAGGAUGUUUAAGUAACGGGUUUUGGUGGAGGCAAUGACAUUAUAUUUGUAAUGUGUUUUUAAUAAAGCUGUGGACAAAUAUUUUCCAACUUUAAAUUGUAGUCUGCGUUUUAAUGGGUAUGGGUAAGUGGUUAAGCUGGAUAUGCCGUAAAGGCAACUAUGCGCAUGUCAUCCCAGAGAAUGGCUCUCAGUGACAAAGAAUGUAGCCCAUGAAACAGCAUAGUAGGUGGAAUGGGGCUUGACUGAGCUAGGGGCAGGCAUAGGAAGCAGAUAAGCGGGUGGGGGGGGGGUUUAGAAGGAUGGGCCUAUAGGGGUUAUAUAUGGCGGCCAUCUUAGAGACUUCUCACUCAAUUACCUCUUCAUUCCCUUUACAUUUUACCAGUAGCUGAUUCUCUUUGUUAACUCUUUAGGCCAUCACCUCCAAAUUUCAGCUGCUACCUUUUGUCUCAAAUCCCCAUGGUAUCCUUUAGAUUGUAAGCUCACGGGCUAAGCACUUUGUAUAAAAGAGCUUCAAUGGCUAGAUGUCAGCUUACGGGCAGGGCUCUCUCUAUCUCUUGUAUUUGUCGGUGUAUACUGUACAUUCUCCACUAAUUGUACAGCGCUGCAGAAUCUGUUGGCGCUAAAUAAAUACCAGUAAAUACCAGUAAUAAAUAAAUCAAAACAAUAAAUGAAAAGGUAUGAGUAUCAGGAGGUGCUGGUGGAGUGCUCAAAUUGGCCUGAUGAGGACAAAAUGUUAAAUUAUAUGGGAAAAGGUAAAAUGGGAAAGGUACACGUUGCCUGACUUAACAGCUUGUACAGAUUGUGUGGAAUUAAAGAAUGUUUAUUGGUUGAUUGAAAACAAGACAAUUUUACUCUGUCCCCCAUAAGUCAGUCUAGGAAAGUGUUAUUUGAAAUUACCUAGUGAGCGGUACAUCUCAAAGUUGUGCUGAUCACAGAAAACAAGGUUUGCACUAAUUGACUCUAGAUUGAAGAGGUGUGUUAUUGAUGCCGCAUUCGUGACGGCUUGAGGUCUUGACUGUACUAAGUCUGUCUAACUACUCGAAACAGAGUGAAUGUUAUGGUACUAAAUCAUUGAAGACAUUGAGCAUAUUUAAAAACAUUUGCAACCUUGAUGGAGGACAAUUUGCUAGUAUGGCUACUCAAAGCAAAUGCAAAUUUAAGAUUAAAUAGAUUCAUAAGUGAAUGAGGACUUGCUAAUUGACAAGUGACUGUAAAAGAAAAAUAGAAGGGAAAAAAAUAAAAAAAAGGAAUAUGGUCAACAAAAAUAUUGCAAGUUCUGUCUGGCUGCCACUCUUGUAUACCAAGGCAGGCAUUUAGAUCCUUAGUGUGGGGUCAAUGGCCAUGAAAAAGACACUCUAAUCAUUAUAGCUCAUUGUAGUGGUGGUGGCAAUAUGAGUCUUUGGUUUACUAGUUUUCAGCUGGACUCAGGGCCAUCUUUAAAGGACCACUCUAGGCAUCGAGACCACUUCAGCUUAAUGAGGUGGUCUGGGUGCCAGGUCCUUCUAGGGUUUACCCAUUUUUUCAUAAACAUAGCAGUUUCAGAGAAACUGCUAUGUUUAUGAAUGGGUUAAGCCUUCCCCCUAAUCCUCUAGUGGCUGUCUCAUUGACAGCCACUAGAGGCGCUUGCGUGCUUCUCAUUGUGAUUUUCACAGUGAGAGCACGCCAGCGUCCAUAGGAAAGCAUUAUGAAUGCUUUCCUAUGUGACCAGCUGAAUGCGCGCGCAGCUCUUGCCGCGCGUGCGCAUUCAGCCGACGGGGAGGAGAGAAGGAGGAUCGGAGGAGGAGAGCUCCCCGCCCAGCGCUGGAAAAAGGUAAGUUUAACCCCUUUUCCCCUUUCCAGAGCCGGGCGGGAGGGGGUCCCUGAGGGUGGGGGCACCCUCAGGGCACUAUAGUGCCAGGAAAAUGAGUAUGUUUUCCUGGCACUAUAGUGGUCCUUUAAUAUUGAUUGGACCCUGGGCAAGAAUUUACUUGGGCCCCCUGGAUCCCGCCUUCCCACUCCCUAGCAUGCAAUCACGCCCUUUACCAAACACACACACAAAACAAAGCAAAAAAACACACACACACACACACCUCGUAGAGCAGUAAACUUUAAUAAUGUAAUGUGAAGCAUAUCAUUGUAUCGCAUAGCUCCACAGCAAUACAACUCACAGUAAUGUGCGAUGUGCAAGUACAUCACAGAUCACCUCAGCAAUAAAAUAUAUAGGAAAGUGCAGUGUGUGAGUGUAUCACAAGCUCUACAGCAAUAUAACUCACAGGAACGUGCAGUUUGUGAGUGUAUUACAGAUCACCUCAUGAAUACAAUGUACAGGAAUGUGCAGUAUGUGAGUAUAUAUUAGCCAACCCACUGCUUUCCCAUAGAAAAGCAUUGGGAGGCUAUUGCGCAUGCUUGGCAAAACACUGCGCUGCACCAAUCAGCAUCUCCUCAUAGAGAUGCGUUGAAUCAAUGCAUUUCUAUGAGUGUUCAGAGUGAAUGCCAGUGCUGCACGUUGUGCAAAACUGGACUAGGAAGCACUUCUAGUCGCCGUCUGGUGAGGGGUAUUCCUCGACAGUAAUGUAAAUACUGCCUUUUUUCUGAAAAGGCAGUGCUAACAUUAAAAAGCCUGCAGAGACAUGCUAUAGACACCAGAACUACUACAUUUAGCUGCUGUGGUUCUGGUGACUGUAGUGUCCCUUGAAUCAGCACAAAUGUAUGAAAUAAAAUGUCUGCAUCAUUAUUCUAAAAAGGAUUAUCAAAAAAAAUAAAAUAAAACUAUGCAUAUUCCUAGCUUGAUUUUUAGUACAACUUCUGACACAAACUUUUUGUACUUUGCAGAUUACUUUUUAUAUAUUUUUUUAUACAUAUACAGAUUGUGUAAUAAUGCCAAUCACCCCCUCCAACCAGCACAGAAAUGAGCACAAAUUUAUGAAACAAAAUGGCUGUAUCAUUAUUCUAAAAAUUAAAAAAGCUCAACUACUGACACAAAUAUUUUGUAUUUACAGAUUACUUUUUAAAAAAAACAAAAAACAAAACAAUGUGCAGAUAGUGCUGUACUAAUGAUAUCCCUGGCUGGAUGUGAGCAUUCCAUGUGCUCAGUAUGAUAUCCCUGUCUGGAUUGGAGCAUUCCAAGCGCUCAGUAUGAUAUCCCUGGCUGGAUGGGAGUAUUCCAUGUGCUCAGUAUGAUAUCCCUGGCUGGAUGUGAGCAUUCCUUGUGCUCAGUAUGAUAUACCUGGGUGGAUGUGAGCAUUCCAUGUGCUCAAUAUAAUAUCCCUGGCUGGAUGUGAGCAUUCCAUGUGCUCACUAGGAUAUCCCUGGCUGGAUGUGAGAAUUCCAUGUGCUCAAUAUGAUAUCCAUAGCUACAUAUGAGUAUUCCACGUGCUCAGUAUGAUAUCCCUGGCUGCUUAGAAUUCCCCUUUAAAGAUGAUCUUGUUGUUGAAUUAAAAAUUAUGUUUAAUCAAUUGAUCAACAACUUUCCCUUAAACAAAAAAAUGGCCUGAAUUAAAAUCUAGCUAGAGAGUUAGACUUCUGCUUGAAAAUUUAACAUUAUAUAGGUCACAGUGAAUGAGCUGUUUGGGCCAAAUGAUCCUUACAUCAUGCAUUCGGUAACUAUGGUGACUGCAUUCUGUAACCAUGGUGAUGCCAUCUCUCUUGUCACUUACAUAAUUUCUGAAAUGAUGUUGCCCUACUAACCGAGAUGGAAAUAAAAGCAUUGCACGACUGCACUCUCGCUUCAACUACCUUUUAAAUGCUAAACACCAGUUACAGCUUAACAUGAAUUUCAAGCAGCAAGGAGGCAGGAAUUAGCACCUGAAUGUCUAAGAAACGGUUUGAAUGCUUAUGACCACUUGACUACUCCUGACACCAUAAACACUCUCAGUGCUCUGUAUGGUCUUCUUUUGUAUUAUAUAUAUCUAUAUAUAUAUAUAUAUAUAUAUAUAUAUAUAUAGAGUUGCGUACCUAGGGUAUGGCAAGCAUAGUACAUGCCAUAGGUGUCACUUGACGGGGUGCCAUAUCAGAGCUGGAUGAAGCUCCAGCUCUGAUCGGAUGCCCCUCGAGCCAGAAGGUUUCCUUGCCUGCGUUCUAAUGGCAUCAACACUGCACUGGAAAGCUGGCUCUAGAAGCCCACUAGACCACCAGGGAGCCCACUGGACCAGUGAAUAUAUCUGUGCCCUCUUACCGCCCAAGAGGUAAGCAUGAUGGGGGCAAAUGUUAUAUUUUCAAAAAGGCAAUAAGAGAGAGUGUGUUUUAAUACAGCCUCUCCACAUACUGUCUCUCCCCCAACCAUAGAAAAUCCCAUCCAACCUUGUCACGCUCACUAUCAUACUCACCCCUAACUAUGUCACACUGACCAUCCCUCUCACCCUGCCACACUAAUCCUGUAACACUCACACCCUCUCACACUGCCACUCACCUUGCCACACUCACCCCCCCAAUCUGCACGACCACACACAUUACAUACAGCCAACACACAAACACACACAUUUGGACAGACGCACAAUUUCAGUGAUUGCCAUAGGUGCUAUCUUCAGUAGAUACACCUCUGUUUCUAUGCACAUAUAUGUACACUAAAAAGUGUCAUCACAAUACAUACCCACUCACACAAUGUUAAAAUAAAGAAAACAAAAAAAUAUGUGCACCUAAUAAAGCAUAUCUGUUCAAAAUGUAAAAAGAAACAGGCCACACUGGAAAUAUUCCACUAAUAGGAGUGUUUCCAGGGGCGGACUGACAACUCACAGAAAUGGGAGACCAAGAGACCCCUUCUGGUGCAAAGUUUUUUGGCUACUGAUAAUUUUCUCCCCCUUCGUUGUGUGGCUCUCACACAGAUAUUAUAUGCAUGUUAACAAGCACCCAUAAUGGCUGUGUUUGUAGGCUACUUGUGAUGCUGUGUUCCUGUAUGUCAACAUGUGUUAGAAUUGUUUGUCUUCUUUUACCUAUUGUACUGCGCUGCAGAAUAUGUUGGUGCUAUAUAAAUGGUUGUAAUAAUUGUGUGUGUGUAAGGAGGCUGUAUGCAGUAUUGCAAUGGUGGGGAAGCUGCUUGUGAUAAGUGUUCGUAGGGAGGCUGCAUGUGUGGGGAUACUGAUUGUGGGAUUGUGUGCAUACAGUGAGGCUCCUGGUAGGUUUGCGUGUGUGGAUGGAUCUGUUUGCAGUGUAGUAUGUGGGUGGAGACGGCUGGUUGUGUUGUAGUGUGUGUGGUAGGGGCUGUUGUAUGUGUGUGUGUGGGAUAGGCUGUAGUAGGCGUCUGGGGGAUACUGGGGCUGUAGUUUGUGUUUGUAUGGAUAAUAGAGGCUCGACUGUGUGAGGGAUAUAAAGGCUGCAGUUUGUGUGUGUGGAUAGUGGCUGCAGCGUGUGGGAUAUGGGCUCUAGUAGGUGCAGGGGGCAUAGGGAGUGUAGUAGGUGCCUGGGGGUAUAGUGGCGGAGACGGUUGGUGGGGGAGAUGGGGCUGAAGUGGGUGUUGGGGGUAAUGGGUGGUCGCUGAGGUGGGUUGAGUGGGAAUGGAGGCUGAGGUGGGUGCUGGGGAGAUGCUAGCUGAGGUGGGUAGAGGAGGCAUAGGGCUAAUGUGGGUGCUGAGGGAGAUAGUGACUGAGGUGAGUGAAGGGGAGUCAAUACGCCCUUGAAUGUUUCUAUGGCUUACUUGCAACAAUAACAGAAACGUAUCUGAGAAAGAAACAUGUGGCUUUUUGGUGUUUCACUCGAGUGUUCUGUUUUUGAUGGAAUCUGUCUGUGUAUAUCACCUGAAAGGAACACUAUAGUCACCAGAACAACUACAGCUUAUUGAAUUUGUUCUGGUGAGUAGAAUCAUUACCUUCAGGCUUUUUGCUGUAAACACUGCUUGUUUCAGAGAAAAUGCAGUGUUUACAUUACAGCUUAGUGAUAACUUCACGGGCCACUCCUCAGAUGGCUGUUAGAGAUCCUUCCUGGGUCAUGGCUGCCUAAAAUGCAUCCAAACAUUCAGUAUCUCCUCCCUCUGCAUGCAGACACUGAACUUUCCUCAUAGAGAUUCAUUGAUUCAAUUCAUCUCUAUAAGGAGAUGCUGAUUGGCCAGGGCUGUGUUUGAAUUGUGCUGGCUCUGCCCCUGAUCUGCCUCUUUGUCAGUCUCAGCCAAUCCUCUAGGGAAGCAUUGUGAUUGGAUCAGGCUACCACUUCUGAUGAUGUCAGCAGGCAGUGGGCAGGUCAAAAGGAAGCAGGGACAAAUCCUGCAGCUUCAGGCUUGCAUACAAGUAAGAUUUUACUAUAUUUAGGGAGGCUGGAGGGGUCAAGGGGGGACUAGAUUGUGGUUUUAACCCUAUCAGGUCAGGAAUACAUGUUCCUGACCCUAUAGUGCUCCUUUAAAUUUGAAACGAUAGAGGACAUAAAGCAGCACAUAAAGUACAGACUUGUUAACGGGAACAUAAAUAAGAGGUAAGGAGGCCCCAGCUCAAAUGAGCUUGCAAUUUAGUAAAUAACAGUGCGCUUGUGUACCUCCAUACAAUCCUGGAUAUGAUGGGACAGUCCUGACUUGGAUCGCUAUCUGCCGAUCUUGAUAGCUCAGUAGAUAACAUGCUGUACAUUUUCUGUACCGUGUCACAAACUGUGACAUUAUCUCUUCAUUGUAGAAGAUCAGGGAGGGAUACAACAAACAAGCAGUAUUGUGCUAUUAGAAAUAGCUAUUCAUAUUUAUAUAUGACUACAUAAGCAUUGUUUACCAAUGUAAAUAGAGAAAUUAUGACACAGACUCCUAUAUUUUCACUGACAAACAUAAGUAUUACUCUACUGAAGUACAUCCUUACAAGUAUACCCACAACAUUUCACUCUGAAAGUACACUUACAAAACAGUGAUAGCUAACUUUGGUACUUAAAGAAACACUCUAAUGUUAGGAACAUAAACAUGUGUUGAUGCGCAUGCGCACUAGCCUCCUACUGCUUCACUAUGGGUAAGCACUGGUUUGGCUGAGAUCAUCAAGAUUAAUGACUAUACAGCUAUAAGUGCCUGUGUAUUGCUGAAACCUUGUCUUGAGAUUCCUGUGAAAUGAGAGACGCCAGAGAACUAAAGCAGGAUGGAGGGACAGGACCCCGAAAUCGGGACUGUUGUGCAAAAACUGCCCUUGAGCGCGUCUAAUGCUUUGCAGUAGGCAUUAAAACCACGCAGAGAGCCAUUUAACAGCGCUUUCUGCAUAGUCCUCUAGACUUCCAUGCGGAGGCCUGGCCAGGAGGCUGUCUGAGAGAGCCUGGUGUGUUUGUCGUCAGGCACACACACCUCUUAAGUGGAUGGACCAACUAUUUUCUGGGCAUACCCGCCCGUUUAGAGCAUCACCAGUGACGAGUUGGGUCCCUGACUGUGCCCCCUUGCAAGGCUCGACCCCGUCCUGAAUGCAGCCAAAGCAACGUUGGGAGGUAUGCAUGCUGCAUUGGAUCAACUAACACAAGCAGGUUUCUUCACUUAAGUGUGAAUUGUGAGAAAAACUAUAAGAUACUCAAAAUAACAAAUAUAUGAGUAUAUCUCUAGAGACAUUAGGAAGGGAGGUUUGCCAUUUGGCACUUAUUUUCUACUUCCAUCUGACCCAUUUGUUAGUAUUUUCUACAAUUGUAUUUCCUCACUGUAUAUAUCUCUAUUUAUUAUUUUCUAUAGUAUUAUUAUUGUUCAUUAUUCCAGUGGAAAUACUCUUAUAUUUGUUAUUUUGAGUAUCUUAUAGUUCUUCUGAUUAGGGGUUAUGCCCCAAGACACUACUGGAGUGUCUUACAAGGUAUGAUCUUCUACAGGUUGAGUGGACUAGUCUAUUUUUUAGACAGCCAUCACCUGUAGACAUUUUUUUCUUCUUUUUUUUGAAUUGUGAGAAAUGUUAUGAAAAUUCAGUCACACUCAAAUUUAUGGCCAAAAUAACCAAAUUGUAUAUAUCUACCUGGCACUAAAAACAUUUACAAUUCGAGGCCCCCUAACAGUACAGAAUUACAGGGACAGUGCUGAUUUUUCACAAUGUGAGCCGGUCUAGUGUUGUGCUCAUGUCAUGCUGCCUGGGGAAAGUUCCCUGGUGUCCGCAAAUGUGGGACACCAGGGAACUAAAGUGCGAUGGCGGAGAGCGCCCCUAAAGCGGGACCGUUGUGAGGCAUGCACUCCUGAAACCAUAACCACAGCCCAUAGAGCUUAUGGUUGUUUAAAUGUUCUUUUUUUUUUUUUUAAUCGUUUUUUUAUUAAACAUUUUCGUGUUUUGGGGUACAGAAUAGAAGAAGGGGGGAGGGGAAUCGUUUAACUCACACUUAUGUACAAUAACUUUUACAUUGUAUAUUCAGAUUCCCCAAGGAAGUGGUUACAACUUAGCAGAGAUAUAGCAUUCCAUGUGUGGUAGUCAUGUUUUCUUUGAACCAUCAGAACAUGGCUUCCCCGGCCUUGUUAAGCCCUCUUGGUGUUGUGUAGGUUUGCUCCACUGCAUUUGCCCUAACUAUUUACAUACUGGUACCGUUCCGUCAUUUUCUCUCUCUCUCUCUCUACAUGCUUGCGCGUGUGGUUGCGUGUGUGUGUAUGUCUCUUCGGGUUUUUAAAAAAAUGUUCUUUUAAGUGUGAGCAGGGAGGCCUUUCUUCCACCAGUUUUUAUACAAAUUCUGUGCCUUAGUAAGCUAUCACAGUCCAGCACUUUUAGUCAUUUUAGUGCAGACUAGUGUAGAUCAAACAAUGAGUUGUGAAUUGAAAACUAAAUUAAAAAAAUUGGGCAAAAAUAACUGAUUCAGAAUAUUUCUCCAACCCAGCUAUAGUUACAUUUUAGUCUAAUUGUUGCAGUUUAAUUUUCAGGAUCACUACAAUUUUCUGUUUAGUAAAUAACUCCUCAGAGAUUUGUGUCUAAGUCAAGUAAAACAUAACUUGCAGACCAAGGCAGCAGAAUAUGACUAUAGCUUUCGCAAUGGUACUUGUUUGGUUAGGAGGCAUUCGUUUCGACAGAGUUCUUAAUACAAAUUAGGAUUGAUCACUAAAGUGUAGACUCUCUGGAAUUCAGUGCCUACAGUGUCCCUUUAAGUUUUACCAGACUGUGCAUACGUGCAUAUAAUGUGUACGAUAUUGUGGCCAUGACUUGAUGUGUCUGCUUUCUAGAACAAUGCUCUGUAUUGGAGACAGCAGACAGGCAGAUGUCACUUGACUAUAUUUGUGUGCACAAAAUAAAUAAAGUCUUCAUGGAAAUGUAGUAAUUUUUAGUCUUUAAAACGUCGGUUUAAACAGUUGUUUCUUUUUUUGAUCCUAGAAAUAUUUGUUUCCUUGGAGAGUGGAACUUUAAUGUAAUGCAUUGUGGUCUGUAGUUAAUUUGCAUUGUAGAUGAGGCCAGGAGGAAUAUUGUGUGCUUGUGUGGGUGGUAUAAAAUGAAUCCAGGCAUCAAAGAUCCUAAAGUUGCAAUACAGCCAAAGCGAAGUUAAAAAAAUGUAAUUGUAUCUAAGAUACAUGUUGCUUCUGAAAUGAAAGGACAACUUUAACAUUAACAUAACAUUACAUACAUCCCAGAUGUCCUCCUUCCACAUCAAAUUGUUACUGGCUUAUUUUGUUGUUUUUAACGUUUAUUUAUUGCAAAGAAAAAUUGAGUAGAUAAUAUUGAAUGUGUAUAGUACAAAAUAAUUUACUGAGCAUAUCAAAAGCAGAUAAAUAAAUAUAUGAUGAUUGGUAAACUAAGUGUAAACUCCAAGUAUAAAACAAUAUAAUAUAUAAGGUUAAGAAAGGAAAUAUGAGGAUAAAAAAAAAGAAAAAAAUAUUACUGAAAUAACAUGUUUGUUACUGUACAUCAGAACAAAUACAGUACAUAUAAACAAUUAUAUAAUCUCAUACACGGAACAUAAAAUACAGAAAUUGGCAACCUUGUUUCCCAAAAUCUAGUAAUGAAUAAAUUAUAAGGUUUGAAGGUAAGAUACACAGGGUGCCUAUAUAAGCAAAUAACUAUUAUAGGGAUUCUUAAACGACCAUCUGAGCUCCUCGAAGAAUUCAGCUGUCUAAUAUCAGUCCUUUAGAGUUGGUCUGGACAAGUGAUUCAUUAAAGAGGCAUUAAAGAUAUGCAGGCUUAUUCACGAAAGUGAGAAAUCAAAGGGAUUUAGUAGCCAAACUGAAAAAAAUAUCUAAGUCAGCUAUGCUUUCCAUUAAGCUACUCUAGCCUUAAAUUUGAAAUUCACUUUAAAUUCACCUUGAAUUAUCACUUCAGUAAAUAUCUCUGUUAGCAUCCCACAAUAGGUAGUUAAUCAGUGAAUACUUGAACAUGCCAAUGAUUUUAGAGACCACCGAAUUUGAGCAGGAUGAGGUGGUAGGAAAUACUUUAUGUGGCAAUGUGGAAAGUCAUAUACCAUUGAAAAAUCAGUUUAAGUGUUACUUGAAGUAUCAUAACCACUUCAGUGGUUGUACAGCAUUUCAAAAACCAUUUUGUUUUCAUGCAGGCUAUGUCAGUCACAGCCAGGGGAGUGAUUUAACUCCUAAAUGGCAGAGAAUUAAGCAGUGAAACUUGGCAUGAUAUGUACACCAAAACUGCUUAAUUAAGCUAAAGCGGUUUUGAUGCCUAUAGUGUCCCUUUAAUUUUCAUGAGAAAAUCUAACUCAUCCAUAUUCAUGUGUGCAGCUUUUUGAAGCGCUAACAGGAGGUUGGUUAUAAUUAUAAUAUGUUUUAUCAUUUUGCUCUUUUCAUGACCCAGGGACAAGGUGAGCUAUCAUAUUUCUGCAUAGCUAGUUAUGAAUCUUAUUUUUAUUCAUCCCCUAAUCUGAGGUAUCCUUAUGCUAUUUUGUCUGUUUGCAGGACACACCAUGUUGACCAGCAUAGCAGAACGCAUUAUGUAUUGCCUAACUGGCAAAACACCAAAUUCUGUGGGGCCUGUGGAUAUUUCAGAGACCAGCGAUGGCUACGAUUUCCUGGAAGUAAAACCUGGAAGGAUCUUACGAGUGCGACAUUAUUUGCCUUCACGUCCAGGAGGGGGAGAGCAAGAAGAAUUAGACAAAAAGAAAAAUCCAGGACAAGGCAUGGUCCCUUGCAAACGUCGUAUCACCGUUUACCGCAAUGGGCAACUGGUGAUCGAAAAUCUAGGUGCAAACCUGCGAUCUGAGAUAUUUCAUUGUCGCAAUGGGAAUUCUGAGCCUGCUGGGACAGUAGAGGUGGAAUUAUCUGAUUUUACUAGCACGGGCAAUGAAGGUGUAUCUGGAAAAGAGAGUGAUGUACCCCCUGGGAAGCGCCGAAAACGCAAACCAAAGAAGGUAGUGGUGGUCGACUGCCAAAGACAGGUGACUGGAUGUAAAGGAACCCAUUCUGACGUGGUAUUAUUCUUUAUACAUGGAGUUGGAGGCUCUCUUGACAUUUGGAAGGAACAACUUGAAUUCUUCUCCAAGCUUGGCUAUGAGGUAGUGGCCCCUGAUUUGGUGGGGCAUGGAGCCAGUGCCGCCCCCCAGAUUGGCGCUGCCUAUACUUUUUACGCACUUGCAGAGGACAUGAGGUACAUGUUCAAACGCUAUGCCAAGAAGAGGAACAUAUUGAUCGGACAUUCUUAUGGGUGAGUUCUUGUUGAUGUGCAGAAAUAUAUAUCCAAUAGUGCUGAUCAAUGCACUGUGUGAAGAAUAUGCAUUGAUAUUUAAAUACUGUUAAUAUAAAAUUAGCCAUGCUAGCAGUUUUCUACUAGUAACUAGCCAAUAGAAAAAUAUGUGUCUUGUUUUCAAGACAUAAUAUAAUGAACUUUUUUCCAUCUACCAAUAUAUGUUUGCAUAUGAUUCACUUUAAAAAUCUUAAAUUCAAGGCUUUUAACAGACUUACAGCCCGCUGCAUGUGUGUAGGCCCUCCUUAUUGGUAAUUUCUCCCAACCACAUCUCCCUUGCAACCCUAAGUACUCUAAAUCCUAGCAGGAUAUCUAAAGCACUGCUGUCAGAAACGGCUCUGUAAUUAUAUACUCGUAUAAAUGAAGCAACAUGUCAAUGUCAUGCAAACAACACAAUGUUUUAAAUGCAUAAUGAGCACAACCUUAAACAUUCUAAAUAACUUUUAGUUAAUAUUCGCCUCUUCCUAAUGACAUUUUAGAUUCUUCUGUUUUCUUUUUUUCAAAUUUCUCUUGCCCAACAGAAACCAUUAAUCUAAAAAUACAUAUUUGUCAGGGUUAUUUACUAAAGUAAGAAUUGAAAGUGAACUUCAAAUUUAAGGCUAUCUUGAUCUUAAAUUUGAAAUUCACUUUUAAUUUUCACUUUAGUAAUGUGUAAUGUAUUAAUGUGAAUCACCUCCUUAAAGACACAGUCUUCAAAAUCACUCCAUCUUAGUAAAGUGAUUUUUGGAGCACAGAAGCUGCCUGCUGCCCCUGCAGAUUUGUAAAUGCACAGUGUUUGCGUCUUGCAUUGCCUAUGCUGAAUCAUUCAAGCAGCCAAUAUGGGCUUCAAACUAAAAUAGAUUCAGUUAUCAUUGAAUCUAUAUGAUGUGCGGCAUCAGCAUGCAAAGUAUGCUGAUGAAACUAGGUGUGACCCAGUGUUUCUCACAGCGAAGCAUCCGAUUGGCUGAUUGCAGCAACUACAGCUCAUGUGCCAUAUGUCUGUAAUACUUCUCUAUGAGAAGCAUUUGAUUGGUCAAAAGUCAUUAAUCUUGAUGAGUUCAGCAAUAUUAGACUAUAGUGAUGGAAUAAAGGUAUAGUAUAAUGUGGAUUUUUUUAACACAAAAAGGAGGACCCUUUUCUAGCCUUUAAAUUUAAAUGUCAAGGAACAAAGGAAACUAAAUGAUAUUUCAAAUGUAUAAUUGAAGCUGAGAAACCUCUAUUGAAGACCCUACUGCUUUAUAUUUUCAGUAAGAUGAAAUUACAUGUUAAAUGCUAAUUGUAGUAAUAAUAUAAUUAAAGGGAUACUAUCAAGAUAAAAAGUGAUGUGCACAGAGAAUAAUUUUUCCAUAUUGCAGAAAAGCACAUAGUGUGAACAUGGGCUAAGCAGGGAAAAAAAAAGUAUUAUGAGGCAAAUAUGUGGAGAAAACUAUCCUAAGUAGAUGAAAGGAAGUCUUUGUUUAUACUUGGUGAACUAUCAGUUUUCAGUGACUCAGAAUCCACAGCAUCCACAUUUUAUUCCUUCAAUGUUUCAUAAUCUUAAGCCUGUUGUGUGGAAGGAACUGACAUUGGGCAGAAUAGGCACGAGAUUCAGCAGACCAGCAUCUUAGGCCAAACACCUGAAGUUUGGCCUAAGACAUCUUGAAGAAAAAUCCUCAAUGACCCAACAGUCAACUGUUAAACUUUUGUUUUAUCCUUGUCUUUGUAGAGUCUCAUUCUGCACUUUCCUAGCCCAUGAAUAUCCUGACUUGGUCCACAAGGUGGUUAUGGUAAACGGGGGAGGCCCCACAGCACUUGAACCAAGCCUGUGCUCCAUCUUCAAUAUGCCCACUUGUGUCCUACACUGCCUGUCACCAUGUCUGGCCUGGAGCUUCCUCAAGUAAGUAGUCACUAGCUGUGGUCUUUAAGAAUGGUGUAUCUCUCUAAUGUCAUUUUCUCUCAGAUGGGAAAAUUAGUCUAGCCAGAUGCAGUGGUGAAAUUGUAUGUGUUUUGAUAUUGUAGAACUGUUCUUACACAAUUUACUAGUCAGUUUUGGAUAGCUGAGGGUGUGUGGUUAAUUCUCAAAUUAUUUUGCCAGGGCUGGCUUUGCACGACAAGGUGCCAAAGAGAAGCAGCUUCUACGGGAGGGUAAUGCCUUCAACGUGUCAUCUUUUGUUUUACGAGCCAUGAUGAGUGGUCAGUACUGGCCAGAAGGGGAUGAAGUUUACCACGCAGAACUUACUGUUCCCAUCCUCUUGGUGCAUGGCAUGCAUGACAAGUUUGUUCCACUCGAUGAAGACCAAAGAAUGGCAGAGGUACAGAUUUCAUUGCUAUCGCCUGACAAACAGCGCCUGGUGUUGGUGCCUUAUGCGUACUACUACCAAAGCAGUGGUUUUCACAUGUAUAGCUCAGCUUGGAAGGGGAAAGUGGGAUGGGAGGUUGCAGCACCAAAUGAAACUUUAGAAAACAAGUAAAGGGUGAAGACUACAUCUUAUGAAAAAGCACAAUGGAAAUUUAUAUUCUUGUAAGUCCUUAAAAACAAGAUACAUUUGGAGAGUAAAAACUUCUCACAUGAAAAGGUGUGUCCAUUCCAAAAGGAGCUUAUAAUAGAGUAGAAAAAAAUAUUGAUUUUACAUUUUUAAAUAUUGAUAUCUCUAGAGGUUUUUUUUUUUUUUUUUUUACAAAACCCAGCAAGUUGGUCCAUUUUCAUAAAAUGUCACAAUAGUGAGAUAAAAAGUACAGGAAGAGGUACACUUUUUUGAUGCCACCAUCUUCUCUAUUCUUUAUCUCUUUUAUAGUUUAUUUUGCAGGAUGCAACUUUAAAUGAUUAUUUUGGUCUUUCUCUUUUUCCAUAUUUUUUCAGCUUAGUUUAUUAGAUAUACAUAGGAAAAAGUAGGGAUUACUUCUUCUUAUAGGGAGCAUCCCUCCUGGAACAUCAACCCUGUUACAUAUCUUAGUAUCAUCAGCAAAUGAUUAGCAAAUACACAGGGGUUAAAUACUAGGAUGCAGACAGAAAGCAUGGUUUGAGAUAUUGGUAGAGGCCUGGCACAUGAACUGGCAGUGAGACUUCAGCGUACAAGAUAUUCCUCUGGAAUCAAGGACCAGGCCUUCUGGGAACAGGAUACAGGGCAGGGCUUUGAAAUGAAGGAGUUGGCCGCUGGCAUAAUAUAGGAAAAACAGCCAGACAUUAGUACAUUAUACCAACCGUAAACAAAUAUUCUGCUACCUAACUAAGGGAAAGCCUGGUCUUCCAAAGUAAACAGAAGAGGACUAGCUGGGAGCAGAAUCAGAUCUCUCCAGUCUGCAACAGCACUACAGCAAGUAGUGGCACUGUGAGAUACUGCAUCAGACCUAGAGAUCACAAAACCAAGGUGCUUUCAUGGAACCCAGAGAUAUAGAUAUCAAAGACAGAAGAGAACAAUAUGGUGGCACCCAUGUAUUGAAAUCCCUCACGAGAACAAAAGGAUAAAAAAAAAGUCAGGAGGAUGGGGGAGGGGGUGGUAAAAUGUUCAAGAUACAAGGGGCCUAAGCAAAGGAAAAACAAAAACAAAAUACAAAAAUCCGACUUUAAGUCAUCAGGAUUUUCCACAGAUCAUGUUGCUCAUAUGCUAUAGGCAUCUAGCGCACAUAUUGGUACAUGACAUUAGUUGCCAUGUUUGAUGUCUAAUAUUUUUUUUUUGCUUUGCUCGUUUCAUAGACCCAUAUAAGAAUUCAGAUAGAACCCACAGAAAGUGCAUUCUAUCUGUUUAUAAACUAAACAAAAACCAUUGACGUUCAUUUUAAAAAAAACGUACAAGCAUUUAAAACCUUAUGUAAAUAUAUAAUCAAUUGAUAUAUUCAAUGUUUCCACAGAUCCUCCUGAUCUCGUUCUUAAAGGUUAUAGAAGAAGGUAGUCACAUGGUCAUGCUGGAAUGUCCAGAAGCUGUCAACACUCUCCUCCAUGAGUUCUUUCUAUGGGAGCCAGAGGUCCAAAAUCAAGGAGUGGAGGAGUCUGGCAAUGAGUGAAUGUGAGCAGAACAUCAGAUCGGCAAGACACAGAAGAUGAACUUUUGUGGUGUUUACCCAAGCAAUGGGCAUUAGUCUAAGUUUGGAGAAGAUGCCCGGUGGUCUUUCUACCACCGGCCAAGGUUUUUAAGACUUUGGCCCCGAGAGGAUGACGUCAAGGGAACAUAUUAUUCCAGAGAAUAAAGCAAGUUUCUAUAGAGCAGGGGUCAUCAGCUCUUUGUCUGUUAUUUUCUCUACCCACAGCAAGUUGCUGGAUCUAGAGAGAGGUUGUAAAGGUCCAUUGUGGGUAACACAUUGGAAUGUCAGUCAUUGCAGAAUUGGGUGGGUUACUGGCCAAAAAUCCAAAAUAAGAAGGGAGGUUUUCAAAUGUGGAGGACUGACAGGCUCGAAAGAGGAGAAUGGAGACUUUAAAGGAAAAUUACCUAUUGUCUGUUUUAAAAGAAUAUGACAUAUAGAUUUAUAUCUGCAAAAUAUCUCAUGUCAUGACAAAUAUUUACCCCAUUUCUUUCCAAUGAAAUACUGCUGACAGCAAACGGGUUAUGUCUAUGAACAAUCCAUACUGCAAAUCAAAUACAGUGGGCAAUAAACAACAAUAAAAAAGAAUAAUUUAGACAUUGCAUAGAAAACAUGAAAAAACUAAAUGAAACAAAAUUGUCUACAAUGCAUUUUCUGUGCUCACGUUUGUUUGAUACCCUAUCUUUUUGCUUCUUUUGCAAAUAUGUUGGGGACUUCUUAAAAUCAGUAUUAAUACAAGUAAACGUGUAAUUUAUCAUAAUUUUUGUUGUUUUUUUCUUUUCUACCAUUCAAUGUGAAAGUGUC